ACCACGAUCUUCCUUUGUUGCCCAGGCUGGUCUCAAACUCCUAGCCUCAAGUGAUCCUUCUGCUUUGGCCUCCCAAAGUGCUGAGAUUACAGGCAUGAGCCAUGGGUCCCAGCCCCAUAGCAGGAUUUUAAGUACCACAGUGACACAAUCAGACGGGUGUUUUAGGAAGCACAAGUGGCAGCAGACUGGAUAGGAUGAGAGUGAGACAAGAGGGAUCAGCUAGGAGGCAGGUGAGGCGAUCUCCAGGAGGAAGAGUAACAGAUCUACAGCAGUGCCACAGGGGGUGGCGAUCAGGUGCAUAUGUCAGAAAGGUGCACAGGGCAGGACUGACAGGACUCGGGGACUGACUGGACAUGGGCCCAAGAGAGGAGAAAUUGCCAUACAAGAACCCAACACACCUUGCUCAGCAGCAGGAACCCUGGAGUCGGCUCAACUCAACCCCCACAAUUACUUCCAUGAGGCGGGAUGCCUACUAUUUUGAUCCCGAGAUACCAAAGGAUGACCUGGACUUCCGCUUAGCAGCCUUGUACAACCACCACACUGGGACAUUCAAGAACAAAAGUGAGAUACUGUUAAACCAAAAAACCACACAGGAUACCUAUAGAACCAAGAUCCAAUUCCCUGGAGAAUUGUUAACCCCUCCCACUCCACCCAUCACUUUCCUGGCUAACAUCAGACACUGGAUCAACCCUAAAAAGGAGUCCAUCCACAGCAUCCAGGGAUCCAUAGUGUCCCCUCACACUGCAGCCACCAAUGGAGGCUACUCCCGAAAGAAAGAUGGUGGCUUCUUCUCCACCUAGUGUUGACAGAUCCCUGAACUAAUUAUAGUGAAACAUACUGCGGCCCACUUCCAUUAAAUAGAUUUGUGCAAGAUGAA